CUUCUGCUCGUCUAGUCUGUCGCUCCGUAAUCUUUGACUUGUAUGCGACGCAUGUGCUUAAAUUAUAUCGUGAAAAAGAAAAGCCUGCGCUAGCUCCCUUGGCUACAGCACUCUGGAUCACAAGUGCUUCCAUCGCGGUCUAUGGGAGGAUCUAGUCCAAACGGGAAAGUGCCGAGCAGUCAUGCUCCCUAGAGUGCCGCCAGGAACGAGCAGCCAUGUUGGGACGCCCGUCUGCUAGAACGGGGCUCGGCUUGCGAGGCGAUUUCAACCGCCCAUGGCCGAAGCCGAAGCCGGCUCUGCUCUACAUCCGCAAUUCGUUCUCGCGGAGUUGCAGUCGUUGGACGGAAUUCUCGUGCCCAUCCGGAACACAACAAGAGUGAAGUAUGUCUGCUUUGACGUUUCAAAGCACUACCUUGCUCUGGGAGCCACCAGUGGGGAUGUCUUCAUGUUUCAACGAGACACUUCUUCCUACGUCGGAACAGUUGCUAACAAGGAGGGCGGCUCAGUUGCACAGGUUGCUCUCUGCCCGGACGAAAACAUCCUUGCACUUGCUACCAGCCGCGGCCACGUGCUGGUGCUGGAGCACAAUGCGGGCUGCGGCCAGCCGCAGAGGCUGCAGCUGUCGUACGAGCACAAAGGGAGCUGCGUCACGUGCCUGCGCUGGAACGGUGCCGGGAGCCGCCUGUUUGCGGCCGACGGGGCGGGCAAGGUCUCGGUGCUCAACAUCUCCUCCUCAAAGGCAAAGAGCCUCUUCCAGUCUCCUCCCAGCACCCUGAUGAAGCUGGACUCGAGGGUGGUCCAGCUGGACUUUGCGCAAGAUCGACUGCUGGCCUCGACCCUCACAAGGUGCUACCUGGGAGACACCGUCAGGGAGAAGUUUACCCAGGUGGGCAAGAAACUGAGGGAUGGAGAGUUUGGUGGCUGCUUCGUUCCUGGUGCGAGGGCUCAGGACCCGGUCACCAUCUACGCCGCACGUCCGGGCUCACGGCUCUGGGAGGCUGAUCUGCGAGGAAGUGUUUUGAAGACCCAUCAGUUCAAAGAGGCCCUGGCUGUUGCACCUACCCCUUUGGUCACUGACAGGUCGGACAACAAUGCAGUGGAAAAUGUGGCACCAGGAAACGGACAGGGCACGGCAUUCUGCAAGCUGCUGACUGUGUGGGCAAGCGGGGAAAGCAUGCCGUUCCUGAUGAGUUGGAGUGCGAGGGGCCUGUAUGUGAUCGACCCUCAUCGAGCCAAGGUCAUGUUAUGGAACGACCAAUUAAAAGACGUCAAAGACGCACGGUGCAUCCGAAACACCAUCUACCUCCAGCUUUUCAAUGGUGAAUUCCGGUCGUGUGCUCUCCUCACUCCGGAACAGGUCGUCCCGUGUCUGAUGCAUCAUGGUCGGACAGCCCUGUGUGCACAAUUUCUCCUCCAGAACAGUUGUUGCCUGAGCAGUGCUGUCUUCCAGUCAACCAUUCCACCGGCCCUCGUCUUCGAACUCUUGGACAAGCUCGACGAACUCGGAGAGGCUUCCGUGGCAGAGGCCGUUUCAAAAGCGUUAAGCGACGCCUGCGGCUUCGAUGCCACCGCAAGGCCCCCAUCUAUUCCGGGAUUUGCCGAGCCAAAGCCGAAGCCAGACCGUCCAAAUUUAGAGCCGUCCCCGACCAUCCGCAACCACAGAAACGGCCCCAAUGUCACGAGGGACCGCGAUGCGCUCUCAUCGCCACGCCACGUCCGGUGCCACUCGACGGAGCCGGCCAUAGCCAAGGCAAAGACUCCGAGCCCGAAGCCGAUCCGGAGGAUUCCGAGACGCGGAAGCGAUCCACUUCCCCCGGCGUCUCUGAGCCGCACGGCUUCGACCGAGAAGUGCAUCCCAAAGCCAAAGCCAAUCAAGGCUUGCAGUCCGACGACAUCUAGUUCCGCCCUUUCGAGAGUUGCAAGCGUGCCCGGAUCUCGCAGCUCGUCUCCGGCCUCGACCGUAGCUGCAGCCGGGCCGCAGAGGAGCCGAAGCCGUAGCCUUGAAGCACAUAGGCGCAACCCAGAAUCUCACUUGGCCGAACGGCCAAGCCAGCUCUCUAACCUCGGUCGCGCCGCAGACUCGAUUCCUCCCGUGCCGAGCUUAGUUGGCAUCGGAGUCGGAAGCAGGGGCUUAGUCCAUAGGUUACAAAAUAACAACAAUAAUAACAAUAAAACGGUAGACAGUCAGGGUCACUCCGUCGAAGACGCAAGUCCAGCAGACUCCGACGGUGCUCCGGAGCCUGGCUGCUCCGCUUCGGAGCACGGAAACAACAACAACAACAGGCGAGCUCUUGGCAGCGCGCUCCGAACGCUACCAGUGAUACCAGCAUCUCCAUUGGAGUCGCCAAUGAGUCCCUUGGACCGGGUGGAUCCGGAAGUGCUCGCGAGCAUGUAUGCAGAGCAGGACAUGGGCUACGAGAGCAUCUACCAGUACCUGAACCUCUACACGUCCAGCAUGGCAUCCGGAGCGUUCAACAUGCGGGGUGCGGAACUGGCACAGCUCGGGAACGUUGCGGACCUCGGCAAGCUUCGGGAGACCCUGUGUUCGAAGAUCUCCAAUGGCAAGGACGCCAUCUUGAAGAACAUCCGAGGCCUGGAAUCCAAGCUAAAGUACGUCUCCGUCGACCAGGCCGCUGACUUGCUCGACCUGGCAUCGCCUCUGUCGACCGUUCCCGAGCACGGUCCGGCUGAUACAAGUUCAAAAUCCUCGGGUACAAAUGCCACUGUGACUCCCAAGGACGAAUUCUGGUCAUUUCUCCCUGUGCUCAACACAAACCUCAUAGAAGCAACGGAAAAAGCGAGCCUGUGCGUGAGCGACCCCAACGUGUUCUACUACGAGACCAAACUCUCCAAAGUGCUCGAGAACUGGGUGGAGGUCCUCCACUCCAGCCAGCUCCAAGUCGUGUCCCACGUCGCUUCCAUCGACGCCUCCGAGCUUCCGUCUGCUCCCCGCGACGCCCAGGAGAGGUCUCCGGGUGCCUCACCCUCCUCCCCUACAGAGUGGCGACUCCGUUUGCUCAAAUCCGUUUUCAUCUGCGACCCCUUCCGCCUCCCGCCCGAUGUCAAGUUCAAGGCGCGCGAGCUCGCCAUGCUCUGCCUGCAGACGGCGGUCCUGGGUGACGUGCAGAGGGUGGCGUCCAAGAUGGCUGACCUGGAGAACCAGGAGAAGUCGCCAUCAUCUGCUCUCGACGGAACGACGGACUCGAAGCUCUCGCGGCGGGAGAGCUCGGCUUCGCCAGGCAGCGAGGACGCCUCGACGCGCUGCGACCUCAGCCUCUCCAUGCGGUCCUCGACGUCGGAGAAGCACGGCGGCUUCCACCUGUCGGACAUGCAGACGAUCGACUCGGCGAGUGAGUCGGCCAUGUUCCAGAGCAUGUCGUCGUCGUACGGCGCCCACUCCAUCAACCUGGACCUGCGGUUGGACGACGGACCCGCCGAGAUUUUGCCCAAGAGGCAGGCCGCUCUCGUCCAGAACGACGAAGCUAGAAGCAAUGGAGCCGGCGAACCGGAAGAACCCAACCACGACAAACGACUCGUCGAGAGUGUGGAUGGGCGGGACAGAGCGAUCGUGCCGAAGGAACGUGAGCUCGCAGAUCGCGACAACUCCGAAUCUACGAGCGUCAAUGGCUGCGCGGACCACGACGAGUUGUUAAGGGCAUGCCUCGCAGACGCCGCGAGCCAGGGAGCGGAGCUGUCCCCUAGUCAGGCCUCGCAGAGUGAGGUGACUUCAAUGUCCUGGAUGCCGAUGGUCCUCCAGACGCCGCGGAAGAAGGAGGCACCAAGGUGCAAUCCUUCCGACACGAAGGUGGCACUUUUCAUUCGUUGCUACUUCCACCUCCUGGAAGUCGACGUGGCCUGGGAUGCAGUCCGGAUGUCAGAAGAUCCGUGCUUCGAGUCGUGGAGCGCGCUGGCGUCCGGGUGCUGCCUGCAGGCGCGGAGGAGGCUGCUCUGGGAGAGCGGGAACCAGGACUGGAUCUGGGUGCUGCAGCAGGUCGAGAAGGCCGGGGCCCAGUUGGGGCCCCUGAUUGGCUACCUCGCGCUCCUCCACGAAGUGGCUCCGGACAGGGUGGACGAGGUGUUCCUGAAGAAGGCGGGCUGCCUCACGGCCAGGGACGUACUCUACCUGACCCGCUACUUUGACACCCACCCGUCCCUCUUCCUCAAGGCGGUCCGGGUGGCCCUGACAUCCUUUUCACCGCCCCAAACGUUGUCUUCCGUGAGGAAGUACCUGAAGAAUGAAGAAGUUCGGUGGGAAUGGCUGCAGCAUUCUCUGCGAUCAUGCGACUCUCAGUGCCUCAAAUGCUCGUGUGGAGCACCAAGAAUGAACUCCCACAAGAUCAACUGGCCGAUGAUGGAGCAGCUAAAAGCUGUCCUUUGCUUCGAGGAAUGGAUCUCAGUCAGGAGCAUGGAGCUCUGUCAGCUGCAUGGGUUCUGGCCUGGCUACCUGUGCUCCUUGAGACGUUUGGGCUACCGACUGGAGCACCUAGUCACUGUGAUUCAGCUGGGAGACGUGGAACUGCUGUCGGAUAGCCAUCCAUUGGGUUUGCUGCCUGGUUCGUCGGAAGAGUGGCGGCUGGCCGUGGAACUGGCGCAGAAGCAGCACGGCGGCGGUGCCUUCGGAUUGCCGACAUGCCUGUUCUGCGAGCGGACGCUGGCGGGGAGUGGGACGGACGCCCCGGUGGCGCCAGUGACGACAAUCACGGUGGAGAGCGUGGCGCGACGCAUGCUGGAGUCGGUGGGCUUCGAGCAGACGACGACGCUACUGCGUGACCUCGACCUUCCCCGAGGCUCGCUGAGUCCGGAGUUCUUCUUUGCCAGCGUGCUCCUCACCCUGAUUGACCAGCAGCAGCUGGCCCUGAGCCACCGGAUGCUCUCGCGGCUGGAGAGCUACGUCUGGUCCCGGCGUCUGGUCACGUUGCCACCUCAGGCGGCCGACCUGCUGAGCCGCGAGAAGCAGGGUCUCGCCGGCCUCGAAGACCUUGCCAACAUUCAGAUGCAGAGCCUCUUUGUGGAGGAGCCCGAAAGUCACUGGGGGAGGAGUGUGCCUCUCCUCUCCACUUGUGCGCACUGUGCACAAAUGUUGGGUGCCACAAAGGGUGCCCAUCCCGUGGUGGCGUUCCACUGUGGGCAUUGUUUCCACAAGUGCUGUCUUCCUGGGGAUUUCUGCAUUGCGUGCCUGGAAACUGCUAGCACAACCUGACCAUCCCCCCAGCGGAGCCCUACAAUCUCCAUGGCUCCCUUCCGGGGGUUGUAGCGCUUCUGGCACUGAAGCGACCGCAACCUUUCUUCCUUUUUUUUUUUACUUGUCUAGUAAGCUGUAUUUUCAGGGGCAAUAAUUGCGCUGCUAUGGCUUUGCGGAACGGGCGUCGGGUCCGAGCCGCGUUGUUCCAACUGCGCUCUGUUUUGCGUACUACGUGCAAUGCAGUGAUGAAUGCUGUCUACUUUCUUGUGGGAGGGCCGAGAUAUUUUUGAUUGUGCUUCAUUUGGUGGGCUAUGUUCAUUGCAGCUUCUUUUUUGCUUUUUUUAUUUACAGUACACUGCAGGCCAAUAUUUUUGCCCCAGCAGGAGUGGAUGUAAUGUUUAUAUGGAGCUAGAUUACCAGAGAUUAUACAUUGCAACACAAAAAGGGAAGGAGUCCAGCUGGAAAGUGUAAAGAAAUGUGCAGGAAACAAAUACGAAAAGUUAGACAAAACGUUAUAAAACACCCGAUAUAAUACAGCGAACCAAAAAGCCCAAAAGAAAAGUUACACAUCAAAAAGGCAUUCAAUUGAUUCAAGUACAUUGUCUGAAGUAAAUAUAUGGGAAAGUAGGCAGUUUCAUUAUGUAAUGGUUCUGGGAAAGAGUAGUAGUUACGCAAAAGCAUUUGUGCAAGCGAAUACGGGAGUUAUUGUGUGGGGAUAUGUAAUAAUCCAUCCUUCAAAGGUGGACUGUCUUUUGUGCUACGCUCUGUUCUAUGGACAGUGUGCAACCCAGUGAAGACUGCUACGUUUAUUUUGGAGAAGAAAGUCAUUUUGGUUGUAUAAUGCUGUAAGCGUACCAGCUAGCUUCGGGUGAAAAAAAAAGCUUACUUGAACUACUUUCAUUUUACCAACUACGGUAUGUGUAAUGCAAUGAAAGGGAAUGCUACCAAGCACCUUUUUGGUGAGUGACAAGUCAUUUUGACAAGAGUGCCUUAAAGGCCGCUAGCUUUUCUGAUGAGAAGAGGGAUCACUCGAGUGAGGUUAAUUUUAUAAACUGUGUGGAUUGCUAUGGUCUACCACAUUCUUUCUAGGAGGCGAGUUGUUUCAGCUGCAAAGCCAUAAAGGCUGCCACCUCCUUGACGCAAAGGAAAGGCCAUUUUAACCAUUCUUUAUUUCUGAUACUAUGUGCAGUACAGUGAAGGCUACUAGCUUAUUUGCACUAGUAUCUAAUGUUUGGUUUUGUGCCAACUAAGUAAUGAAUGUGAAGCCUGGCACGUAACCUUGGAAGCAGCAUUUUUUAUUCAAGCUGUUUCUUCGAGGCAUGUUUCAAGGCAAUGACCCAAAGUUUGGCUCACGUGAAGAUGGACUGCACGUCCUGCCAAAUAUAUAUCACGACCUUAUAACUAAACUUUCUCUACACCUUUAGUCGUGUAAUGCAAAAAAUGUUUAUUGGAACAUACAUAGAAAACCUCCGAGACUGGGAAGCUAGGGGAAAAACCCCAAGGCUAGGGAGAUUAGAGAAAAAACACGAGACAUUUCUUGUUGCCUAAAUAUUUGUGUGAAGGUACCUGGCAAGUUAACGCAGUAGGCCUUUGCUAAAUUGUAUAGCGGUAAGGGACGUAAGACAGUGUUGUUACCACUUCUUUCUGAUUCCCAUCCAUAGUUCUUAAUUGUGUCUUUUACAUGCCACAUUGAGCACAGAACAUCUCGCACGCAAGCUUAUGCCACAAUGGCAUCGGGGCCAGAUAUUGAUACUUGGUGGGUUAUGCCAAUACCCUCCCCUUGGGUUUCAUGUUAAUUCUUUUAGCUGCCGAAUAUAUGCUAGUCCUUGCUUUAUUUUUUUUUUUUUAAUUUAGAGGCAGGUUUUGUUCUUGUAGUCUUUAUAGUAUUAAUGACAACCUUUGGGACGGCUAUUUUUUUUACCUCGGUGACUUCUUGCGGUGCCGUAAGCUUAUUGGUGGCUUGCUGUUUUCUGUCUGGGUGUUUGUAAAGAAAUGCUGAAGGCAAUUUGAUGCUUACUUAAAUCGUCAUUUUUUGCCGCCAUAGGGAGACUCGGAAAAUGUUUUUUUUUUCGAGAGCUUUUAGACGGCUUUUUUUCUCGUAAAGCAAUUCCCCGAAAAACCUCAAACACGAUAGACAAAAUGUUUGUUUCUUUCUGUCUUUUAUUCGUACACCUGAAGAACUUUCGCCAUAAAAAUUAAAUGACGAUUUUGAAGAUUUUUUCUAGAAAAUCAAGCAUCAAGAAAUCUUUUUCAUUUUCCUAGCGUUUCAUUAUAGCUCGUUCCCCAAGGACUUUUCAAAACCUCGUGCCUCUGCGUUGAACAGAAUUUAUACUCGAAAUUUUCGUCUUCACAAUUUUAGGUUCAUUGGCAGGCAGUGUUAAUUAUACUGCCACCAGUACGUACAUUGCUCGUAGCAUGAGGCAGACUUGGCAUUUUGCUGCCCUAAGCAACCUCAGUACUGGCCCCGCCCCCCCCCCCCCCCCCCCCGCCCCCCCCCCAACCCCCGCUUCCCAUGGUCAGUGACCAUGGGAAAGGGGGUUAGUGGGGGGGGGGGUAUUGCAGGGAAGUAGCUAAGUUUAGAGUACACAUUUUUAGAAGUAGCUACAUUUGGAGCUAGAAUUCCUAUAGUAGCUAAAUUUGGAGCUAGAUUUAAGAAAAGGAGGCAAAUAAUUUGGGGACGACCACAAAUUGGCCGCCCGCAAAAGUUUGCUGCCCUGGGCAGCUGCCUAUUGGCAAAAGUACUUGUUGUUGGGCUAGUUGGUGAUGACUGUUUGCAAGUCCGCCCCUGCUCAUAAGCCUAAGCCUGUUUCACUGGUAGUGGCGAAGUUGCUCUCAAGCAUAUUCGAGAUUUCAUCGGCACCUUCGGGAACAUUACGGGGCAUCGUCGUUAAUUGAGUGAAAACCGAAAAUCCCGUUCGGUGCUUUUCUAAAUUACCACUGCCCACAUAUCUAAAGGCUACUUCAUGCUUCUGACUGCAUUGCCUGUAAUCCGUAAAACGGAGCGCAGCCACGCGAGUUGUCGUAUUUUGGCGGUGGACGCACCGUCGGUGUCGCGCAAUCAGAUGACGGGUUCAAUCCCAGUAGCAACGAGAGACUAUUUCCGCCCUUAAGACCGGUUUACGGUAGCGUUUCUGGGUUAGAAGUGUUAGCUUAUUCGUCGUUUCGAGAGACUGUCUGUUAGCAGUGUGGCAGCUCGAGCCGUUGGCGUCCGCAGGGCAGCGUUUGACGGCCUGUCCUGGUCAUCGAGGUGCGGCAAAACGUAAGGGCGGUUGCCUCGACUACGAGGAGUCUUCGUUUCUGCUCCCAGAAUUUGUUGCCAUGGCUGCGGUCUCCGACAGCUUAAGAAACGCGGGGCACAGCACGUCCCCACAUCUAAUCAUCACCCUAUGAUCAAUGAGAUUGCGGCGUUUGCGAACAAGAACGCCGACAAACCAAUCGCGGUGCAGGAAGUGCGAACACGACGAGUAGGAUUCUGUUUUCGGAGUUUGUUUUGCUUGAAAUCCGGAGGGUAUGUUUCAGACGAGUUUGACGAGCGUGUUGGGUUAAAUACUCAAUACGAAGAAAGCACAGCACAAACGGGGUACAGAGACAAACAUGUACAUGCUGUCUCUGUCCCCUGCCUGUGUUUUGCUUUCUUCAUAUCAUGUUUCGGAGGUUGCCGUAACGUCCCGGGAGACGGCCCACCUAAAAUCGAAAGCAAAUCGGGCGAAAAUAAGGAGUAAGCUAACUUUCGGUGUGCAAUAAAAAAAAAAAAGGGUGCAAAAAUGCCAGUUUUAGAUUUCGUAACCUGCGAAACUUGUGAUUGCAAGGAGGGGCGAUGAACCAAAGAUGACUGUCCUUCCCAGUCAAGCAAUGUUAUCUUGGCUAAGUAACACCAUUUCUGCUGAGGUCACCAUUGGCCAGAGCCCUGCAAUUACUGGAAGUGGACUCUCUCUCGGUGUUUCUGAAAAAUAAAUAUAGCAUAUUGUACCAAAAGUGGGGGCCAGGCUAUCUUUCGGGGGUGUGGGGCAUCUUUCGAGAUAUUACGGUAUUUUUCGUUGAAAAUUCAGGGUUUAUCGAAGUUUAUUCUUGUUCAAUUCCCAAUUCUCUGAAAUUCUAAGUGCAUUUUACUGCAUUCCCAAUUUUUAAAAAUUUGAAAACAAAAUAAUUUUAGUAUUGGGAAGAACAUAAAACACAAGAACAGACAAGACCGUCUUUCUGUUUUAUGUUCCUAUUACAGUCGAAU